ACGAGCUGGAACAAAUAUGGAGCAGAAAUGGAUAGAGAAGGUACUGAAGGGCCAGGCCAAGCGUUUUUUGUUUGGACAUUCCGCUGCUCUUUUGAGGAUACUUGCAAAGGAAGGAAACACGUAUGACUUAUUUCUGGAAUGGGCAGAACGUUAUGGAUCCGUGUACAGGAUUAACAUGUUGCACUACGUACGAGUGUUCACCACCAGCCCAGAGGCCACCAAGGAAGUCCUGAUGUCCUCAAAGUAUCACAAAGACAUCCUCCUCCACACAAGACUCUUCAAUCUGUUUGGUGAAAGGUUCUUAGGUAAUGGGCUGCUAACGGCCAGGGACCAUGAACAGUGGUAUAAACAACGACGCGUCUUGGACCCCGCCUUCAGCAGCCUGUAUCUGCGCAGUCUGAUCGGGACGUUCAACGAGGCAGCAGAGAUGCUGACCACCAAACUGUCAGAGAUCGCCGACAGAAAAGCUCAGGAUGACGUGCGGCAACUCAUCAGCCGCGUCACCUUAGACGUCAUCGUCAAGGUUGCCUUUGGCGUGGAUUUGGAGCUGCUGGAGAACGCUUCGACCUUCCCCAAGGCCAUCGAUACGUGUCUUAGAGGGUUGCUGUACAACCUGCGCAGCACCUUCUUUCAGCUCUACCCCAAGAACUGGGCCUUUGUCAAGGAGGUGAGGGAAGCUUGCAAGCUGCUGCGCUCCACCGGCGCCCAGUGGAUCCACAACAGGAAGGUGGCCAUUGAGAGCGGCAGAGACGUGCCUAAAGACAUCCUCACGCAAAUCAUCAAGACGGUCCGCAUAGAGGGAAGCAUGACCAAAGAAGACGAAGAGUUCAUGCUGGACAAUUUUGUCACCUUCUUCAUCGCGGGACAGGAAACCACGGCUAACCAGCUGGCUUUCUGCAUCAUGGAGCUAGCUAGACAUCCUGACAUCCUGGACAAAGCCAAGAAGGAGGUGGACGACGUCAUUGGGAUGAAACGUGACAUCAGCUACGACGAUCUCGGCAAGCUAGUUUACCUUUCACAGGUUCUAAAAGAGACUUUAAGGUUGUACCCAACAGCUCCAGCAACAGUCCGCCAUCUCCCCAAUGACAUAGUCAUCGACGGCAUCCACGUACCAGCAGGCGCCAUUGCCCUCUUCAGCUCCUACGUGUCCAGUAGAAUGGCCAAGUUCUUCAAGGAUCCGCUGGAAUUUAACCCUGACCGCUUUCACCCCGAUGCUCCCAAGCCUUUUUACUGCUACUACCCCUUUUCCCUGGGCCCGCGUGCCUGCCUUGGAAAGAGCUUUGCUGAGAUGGAGGCCAAAGUGGUGAUGGCCAAGAUUCUGCAGAGGUUUGACUUCACCCUGAUGCCGAACCAGAGCUUUGACAUCCUGGAUGUGGGCACCCUGAAGCCCAAGAGUCGGGUGGUGUGCUCCAUCAGACACAGGAAGCAAAGUGCAUGAAUACAGCAGGAGGCAGGUUCACCAAGAUGCAAAGAAAGGAAAAAUUUAUUGUAGUUUAUGCUCUUGGUGAGGGUUGUGGUCAACAUCGCAAUUAACUUAGCGGGAUUGUAAUCAAAGUCAAUUUUAUUCUUUCUUUAAUUUCCCUUUAUUGUCAGCUUGCAACCAAUCAAAAACACUUAAAGCUUAAAAUUGACUUUAUAGUGAACAUAAUAUUUUCUUCUCUCACUUAAAUCUUAAUUGAGCAAACCUUUUUCAUCAAUUCAUGCCCUUGAAUGAAUUAUUUGCACAUA